UGUACAAAUACAUUAACAAUGCCAACUACACAUUCAUUCCCAGCUUAUACUUAUGAGUGCUCGGUUGAGUUCUACUUGGAGGUGUACUACAGACGAUUCCCAAAGCAUAAGUUGUUCCCCUACAUCUUGGACUCUGAAGUGAUCGAGCACAAGAUCAACGAGGAGGAAGGCAUUGAAAUAAUCAUUCGCAAGACAAAGUUGGACAUUGAUGCACCAGGCUGGUUCAAGACGAUGUUUGGAAUACAUUACUCCAUAUUCAUUGAGGAGGUGACAUUUGAGAAGAAGAAGAGACUUAUCACUGUUAGGACCAAGAAUGAGACACUUUCAUCAAAGGCUUCAUUGGAGGACGUCACGGUCUACGCCGUACAUCCAGAGAAUCCAGACUGGUGCACAUUCACUCAAACAGGUACAGUGACAAUGUUGGUAUCCAUGCUGGGUUUCCAGAAGAAGGUGGAGAAAUACUGUCUGAACCUGUACACUAGCAGAUAUAACGAGUCCAGAGAGCUUGACAAGAGAAUGAUCGAAGAAUACCGCGCAGAACUGUUGGAGAAGGCAAAGAACGAGCCUGCUGCAACUGUUGCUUCAUCACCAGAGUAUGUUUGUAAUACAAUUCUGCCCGGAGCCGGUUGA